AAGGUUUAUUUUAUGGUCAACGCGCCACCUGCAUGACCAAACCUAAAUCGUACCAUAUUUUUAAGAAGAUUGCCGUACCAGUGCUACUAUAUAACCCGCUCAGUCCACUCCAUGUCCCCAUAAUCUCUUGUCUCCUUCCAUCCCAAUCUUCCAAUCAUGGUCACUCCCCCAUCCAACAACGUCUCCGAGCUCGAGAUCCCCCGUCCCAAGGAUGUCGGUAUCCUCGCCAUGGAGGUCUACUUCCCUCGCAGGUGUAUCUCCGAGGCUGAUCUCGAAGUUUUCGACGGUGUUUCCACUGGAAAGUACACUAUCGGUCUCGGACAGGAGUUCAUGGCUUGCUGUGAUGACAGAGAAGACAUUAACUCGUUCGCGUUGAAUGCCGUUGCUGGCCUUCUCGAACGGUUCAACAUUGACCCCAAGUCUAUUGGCCGUAUUGAUGUCGGUACUGAGACCAUCAUUGAUAAGUCAAAAUCCGUCAAAACCACUCUGAUGGACCUCUUUGCCGAGUCCGGCAACUUCGAUAUCGAGGGUAUCGACUCGAAAAACGCUUGCUACGGUUCAACUGCCGCUCUCUUCAAUGCUGUCAACUGGGUUGAAUCUACCUCAUGGGAUGGCCGAAACGCCAUUGUGGUCGGAGGUGACAUUGCUAUCUACGCUGAAGGAAGCGCGCGUCCCGCUGGUGGAGCAGGCGCAUGCGCCAUGCUCAUUGGGCCUAACGCCCCUGUCGUCGUCGAACCCAUUCACGGAAACCACAUGACCAACACGUACGACUUCUACAAGCCCCGGCUUGACUCCGAGUACCCCGAAGUCGACGGACCCGUCUCUGUUACCACUUACAUUUCUGCUCUCGAUGCUGCUUACUCGCGGUUCCGCGAAAAGACCGCUAAAGCCAAGAAAGCCCACCUUAAUGGACAUGCCAAUGGUACCAACGGUACCAAUGGAACGAACGGCAAGGCCGACCCCUUGACCUCCUUCUCACUAGACGAUGUCGACUACGCUGUCUUCCACAGCCCAUACGGCAAACAAGUCCAGAAAGGUCUCGGACGACUCUUCUACAACGACUUCCUCGCACGCCCUUCUGCUCCCCAAUUCGCCAACGUACCUUCACCAGAAUCCAUCAUCUCCACUUCCUACAAGGCCUCAUUGACCGACAAAACCCUUGAGAAGACCUUCAUCGGUGCUUCGAAAUCUACCUACGCAAAGAAGGUUGAGCCCACGAUGGCCACUUCGAAGCGCCUCGGUAACAUGUACACCGCAUCGCUCUAUGGUUGCCUUGCAUCAUUGUUGUCCUCCGUUGAGCCCGCAGACAUCAAGGGCAAGCGUGUUAGCAUGUUCGGAUUUGGCAGUGGCUGUGCUGCAAGUUUCUUUACACUCCGCGUCAAGGGUGAUACCACUGAGAUUAAGGAGAAGAUGAACUUGCUCCCACGUUUGGCAAGCAUGAAGGUCGUGCCUUGCCAGGAGUACGUUGACGCAUUGACGCUCCGUGAAAAGAACCACAAUGCAGUCGACUACACUCCCGAAGGAUCGAUCGAAAACAUCUGGCCUGGCACCUUCUACCUCGAGAACGUUGACAGCAAAUUCAGGAGGAAAUACGCCCGGGCACCUACUGCCUAAUCGCUCGAUCCCCCCAUCCUACAUGUUUGUGCCGUUCGCCGGGAUUCUUGCAUCAUGAUAUUACACCCUUGGGGCUCUUUGUGGUAGGAGCUAAGCAUUUACAAAUAGACGCAUGAUACCGCAUUUGCUGGCAAGUAAUAUAUGGUUUUGUAUAUUGUACAUUUAGAUUCAUAUGUGUGCUGCUCUGAAUAAUCAUCUAUAAAUUGCUUUGCACCUUUCA